CCCCUCCCGGAUCGGCGCGUGCGUAGCUCGUCCCCCGCCCCCCCCCCAGACCCCUCCCGGCGCGCGGAGGAUGCGGGGACGCAGCUAAGGCGGGGGCAAGGAGGAUGGAGGCACCCCUGGUAAGCCUGGAGGAGGAGUUCGAGGAGGGGCCCGGGGACGAUGGGGGAACCCCCCGGCGCACUGCGGACCCAGCGCUGGCCGAGCUGGAGAGCUUCUCAGCUGAGAUGAUGAGCUUCAAGUCGAUGGAGGACCUGGUGCAGGAGUUCGAUGAGAAGCUCACUGUCUGCUUCCGCAACUACGACGCCGCCACCGAGGGCCUGGCCCCUGUGCGGGGCCGCCUGCAGGCACAGGAGGAGGAGGAACGCCUCCAGGACGAGGAGGUCUGGGACGCCCUUACUGAUGGCUUCGCCCCCCGGGACUCCCCCCGACCCUGGCUGCACCCUGAAGCUGAGGCCCCCGAUGGCACCGACCCCCAGCUUUGUGAGAAGGAAGAGGAGGAGGAGCUUGCUGAGAGGAGCGAGCAUGACUCAGGCAUCAAUGAGGAGCCACUGCUGACGGCUGAGCAGGUCAUCGAGGAGCUGGAGGAGCUGAUGCAGAGUUCGCCUGACCCUGAGGCUGACCCUGACGGUGAUGAAGAUGAGGAGGAGGAGGAGGAGGAGGAGGAGGAGGAGGAGGAAGCUGAGGCUGAUGCAGAGGGUGAUAGUGGUGGUGGGGGCAUGGAGCCCAUCCUCCUGCGUGAGCUGCACACUUUCUCCCCCACCUUCAACAACAACUGCUCCCAUGAAGCAGGGCUGGAGCAGCUCUCAGCCGGGGAGCUGGUGGCGGCGGCGGGGCGGGCGGAGGCGGCGAGCCGGGCGCUGUCGGCGGAGCUGGUGGCACAGCUGGCGCGGCGGGACGAGCUGGCCUUCGAGAAGGAGGUGAAGACGGCGUUCAUCGGGGCGCUGCUGGCGGUGCAGGGGGAGCAGCGGGAGCAGCGGGAGGCCGCUCGGCGCCGCCGCCGUGACCGGGGGCUGAGCCUGCAGGGGGGGCGCCCCGAACGCGGGGGACACAUGCCCAGGAAGCGCUUCAGCAUGGAGGGCAUCUCCAGCAUCCUGCACUCCAGCCUGCGCCAGACCUUCGGCCCUGCCACCAACGAGAAGCAGUACCUGAACACAGUGAUUCCUUAUGAGAAGAAGGGAUCGCCCCCCUCCGUUGAGGACCUGCAGAUGCUCACCAACAUCCUGUUUGCUAUGAAGGAGGGGAACGAGAAGGUGCCCACACUGCUGACGGAUUACAUCCUCAAAGUGCUCUGCCCAACCUGAUGUGGCGCUGCCCUUGAGCUCCCCCCACCCCGGCGCCCCCCCAAAAUGGGGGCCAAACACAAGGAAAACAGGUCGCCUGCGGCCCCCCUGCCCCACGCUCCCCCCCCCCACCUUUGCACAGCUGGGAAAUAAAUAAUUUGUUUCAUUAAUUAAGCAACUGUCCUCCAGUAUCUUCUUUCCCUGCCUACAACGCUCACCGUGUUUUCCAGCUUUUAGAUAGAAAAACAUGCUUUUUGUAGAAAAUGCCAAGGAGGAAACUGCUGUGAGGCUCAUGAAUAUUCAGCAUUUUGCAAAAUAUGCACAUUUUGGCUAGUGAGCUGCUGGGUGCUCGUUAGGACAUGGAAGAAGGUGGGAGCUUCCAUUCUGGGGAGAACCAAUCAGAUUUGGGGAGUGUUGCUCAUUUUGGGUGAGAGUCACUAGUUUGGGGCUACUUUCUUUUUUGGAGAACAUAUUCUAUUUUGGGGGUGCAGCCAUCAUUUUGAGUCAACUUGUCUUACUCAGGGGGGAAGGCACUAUGGGGAGUUUCACUCAUUUAUGGGAGCAUCAAUUGCUUUUGAGAGUCACACAUUUUGGGGAACAUCACUCUUUUGGGGGGGAGUAACUCAUUUCUUGAGAAAAACACUUUGGGGAAAAUCACUAAUUUGGGGAACAUCCCUCCUUUUUGGGGAACAUCAUUCAGUCAUUUUGGUGCACAUUGCUUAUUUUGAGGAAGCAUAACACAUUUCAGGGAAACAUCAUCCAUUUUGGGCUGGGACAUCCAUUUGGGGGCAUAUUGCAUAUUUGGAGGAGUAUAAUGCAUUUUGGGGGAAAGUCACCCAUCUGGGGGGUGCAUUGUUCACACUGAGGGCAAACCACUCCAUUUUGGAGCUCUUUAGGGAAGCCUCACUUCCCUAAAGGGGGGGUGCAUCACUGUUGUGCACGUAGGAAUCCUUUUUGGGUUGCAUCACUCAUUUGUGGGCUUAGGGUAAGUUACCCAUUUUGGGGGAGAUUCACCUAUUUGGGUUCUGGGUGAAUUGCCUGUUUUGGGGGGGGGGGGGGGUUACUCACCCAUUUUGGGGUUCCUCUACAGCCCCCCCCAGAAGAAGCUGACAAUAAAAUACAGCUGCAAAACCUCAUCUCUUAGUACUUUAUAAUAAAUGGACAUGAAUUAAUACUAAAUUACAAUGAAUCCUUUAUGAAAUUAUGGAUUACAUUCACGCCAGAUCAGUAUCGAAAAAUAGGCUUUUCUGCCCAUUGCAUCACUUUGUUGCUGCAGCUGUUUUUUCUGUGGCUGCUGUUUCUUCUCAACUCCUCAAGAGCCAAAAGAAGGACAAAAAUGGCAAUUGUUGCAGCCGCCCAAAUCCUUCCUUACUACAGAAGGACAAACCCCGCAGUUAUGGGGAAGAACCUGCAGAAAAAAACUUUUGUUUCCCCCCCACGGUACAAAAAGCCCCUGUGUCACCUGGGCUGCUUUUGUCUCACAUUUUAAGGCAAAAUUUGCCCUUUUACUAUCAUUCAGAAGUCUCCAAAUGAAUUGCUUUUGUAGAGCUGCCCUCCCUGAUACCUCAUUCAGGUCACUUGGGGGUGAGAAACCCAAUGUUUUCCUGUGCAGGUGGAUGAUACUGGGGAGAAAUCAUCUUUUCAGCAACCAUACUGAAUUUCCUUCCUCCCGGGCAAAGCCUGGGGUUCACUACUCAACUUUGGGUGAAAGUAUGUGGAUUUUUUUUUAACCAUUUUUCCCUUUUUGGUACCAAAGCACCCUGGGAAGGUCUCACUCCUGGCAGGUUUUGCCCAACUUUGCAUCUAGUCUCAGCCCUUAAGGAAAAGGGUGUGUUUUUUUUUUUCCAGAUUUGAUGGGUUUUUAGCACAUAAAUUAAAGAGUUCAGGGGAGCUUUCUCCCUUUUCCAGAAAGUCACGUAUGGAGUCACCAAAUGGCCAUGACACUGGAGGUUUGGGCAAUCCAGUGGGUCAAGAGUGUGAAACUUUCCUCAAAUCUGAUCUGAAGCAGAAUUUGCACUCAGCAAUUUUUUCCCACCUGCUGAUAUUUAUGCCUGUGAGUGAUCUUUUCUGGGGAAGUCUUCCCAAAAAAACAUCAGUCCUGGUUUUUUUUUUUUUUUUUUUUUUUUUGCACCAAGAAAUCCAAGAGGAUGCAGCAGCCCACAGUGAAAAAAAACGUGUUACCCCAUGGCAUCCAAGCAUUGUGGGCAUAACAUCUUCCACUAAAAAUGCUUUCCUCACCAAAAACGAAGGGCAAAGGGGGAAAACAAGGAUAAAACUUGGAAAAAAAACAAAAAACAAAACAAAACAAAA